CUUUUCUCUCACCCUUUUGCAAACAAAUUCAUCCCAAGCACUUAAACACGUACUCUAUUGCUUCUGCAUCUUCAUUUCGUCUUACUCUUCAUUCAAUACAUGGUCCUUUAGAGCAGAUAACUCCGCUCCUGUCUGCACUGAAUGUGCAAAAAUAAAAGUAUUAAGCUAACUUUCUAACUGUACUACAAAGAACCAGUUUCGUGCACCCACGACCAACACCAACACAGCAAUAUGGCAGCUAUGAAUCCGCCCCCCAGUAGGACUUCAAAGGCCAUUGAUAGUCAAGAUAAUACCCUCUCAGCCAAUGAGGGGUCAUCAUUAUCAGCUCACCCAUCGGUAUUAGGAGCGCCUAUCAAACCCACUACGAGCGCCAAUACGGUUACCAAUGGUAGCAAUAGUGCCGAUAAUGACAGCGAUAGCAAUGCAGCCAUUGCUAGUAGUGGUAAUGGCCAAGAGUCGUAUAGUCCUUGGGAUAUGCCGCCGAUUAUCCAGCCCGUCUCGUCCGCCUCUGAUACUCGAUCCAUUGGCGGUCUCAAGGGUUUCUCUAGCCUCAACUCGACUUGGACUCAUUUCAGGUCGAAACCCCAUCCCACAAUAUCAGUUCCUGUGACCCCAACAUCUCUACAUCGACCCAGCAUUGACAUGGCCGCGCCCACAACACCUCCACGGAGUUCAGCCUACUCGAACCCAGACGACUCGGAUAACGCAAUGUGUACGCCAACGUUUGGAUCAGGUAGUUCUAACUACUCACGGAGAAACAGUGCUGUUAGUGCCAUGGCAUUGGAUACACCUCCGCCACUCUCCCUGAUGGAUUUAGAGACACCCUCAAUGUUAGGCCCCAAUUUUGGUUCAGCUCAAGGAUCCGGAGCUCAAGGGCCGUUAUCGCGCUCGCUCGAGUCUAGUUUCAAUAGUGGGAAUAAUGGAUACCCAUUUCCUCCUUUUGGUAUGCGCUCCGAUUCGUCUAGUAGCCUCUCAAGGCGUAGCUCCAGGGCCAACAGUAUGUCCAUGGAGCCCCGUCAUGUGCGAAAAGCCUCAGAGGACACGACUAUGAGCGAUGGCGGCAAUAAUUCUGGAAGUGAACGCAGUAGGCGGCAUUCGCCGGCUGUUGUCCCAUUUGAAAGGAGUGUGCGUCGGUCUGCACUUCUUCCCAAACCAAAAGGCCUACUCAAAGUCUUCUCUCAAUUGGAGGCAUGUCAUCUAGUUGUAGUUAAUGGAUAGUCGUGGGUGAUGGCUAUUGCUAAUACUAAAGCAAUGUCCACAGGAUCGAGUUAUUCUGAUGAGGCAUAUUUAUUGAUGCUCUAUAGGAAGAGAUCCAUCAUAACCGGCAUGAAUACGAUCAUGAAAGAGAGACAACACAAGUAUGCAGAACAAUAGGAGACACAUCCGGUGCUACGGAAAUGGAAACAGGCGCGGCUGCUUCUGCGCGUCAAGGACCAUCUUCAUUGUAUGGAAUAGGUAGCAUUCGGAGAUCAUCCAUGUCAAGACUUAAUCCUGAUCAAGAGCUGGCU